AUGGACAGAGAAACCUCCUCCUCGGCGCAACAAAAAACGGGCAACGAGUACUUAACCCGGAUUGAGAUCUUCCCGCGCUCCACCACCAGCCUCGCCCCCGACACCACCCAGUACCCCGGCGCCUCCUGCGGGCCCCGCAUCAUCUCCGUCACGUCCACGAACCUCAGCAGCUUCGAAGCCUGCGCGGGCGCGGGCGGGCCCCCAGGGUACACAGCCGAAUUAACAUUCACAUCCGCCGGCAAAGGCUGCUUCUUCUGGUUCUGGGGAGACGUGAAGUGGGUGCUGAUGAGCGUGGAAAUGAGGCCCGAUUUGCGAGUCAGGCCUGGGGACCCGUCCCACUCGGGGUACCUCACAGCCACGGCCCCAGCCACGGUCGAGAAGCGGAGGCGGAGGAAGAGCACGUUCCUGAAGCCGUGCUCACCGACCUGCAGCUGGGCCCCGGUCACGAUGGAGAGGUCCUCUUCCGACUCGACGGGGGCCGUGCACACGUGGGAGAAGCUCUUCCACUGUACUUUUUCGAAGUAUUUGCGGUCGUGGGGGUGGGCCGGAGGGCAGCGGCAGUCCGCCAGCUGGAAGAUUGAGGGGAGAGAGGAGAGGUGCUGGAGGUGGAUUGCUAGGCGGUUGCCGCGCUUGCCCUCGAGGUACAAUCGCAUCCCGGUCACCGGCCGCUUGCCCGCAUCAACCUGA